AUGUUUAUCUACGCUGUUUCUCAGUCUCUUCGAAACUUUUUCCAGCCUCAAGCCCGACAAGAAAUGUCAAACCGAGCCGUAGCCGUUUUGCGUGGUGAUGCAGGAGUGCAAGGAACUGUUUGGUUCCGCCAGGACAAGGAGAGCGAUCCAACAGUUAUCACCGGUGAAAUUACUGGACUCACACCUGGCAAGCAUGGAUUCCAUGUGCAUCAGUUUGGAGAUUCGACAAAUGGCUGCAUCUCAGCAGGCCCCCACUUCAAUCCUUAUUCGAAGACCCACGGUGGCCCCACGGAUGAGAAUCGCCAUGUUGGAGAUCUCGGAAACGUAGAAGCCGGAGAGAAUGGUGUUGCCAAGUUUGAGAUCAAGGACUCGCUUGUCAAGCUUCAUGGCGAGAACACUGUCAUUGGAAGAUCGCUUGUUAUUCACGCUGGCACUGAUGACCUUGGAAAAGGUGAUGGGGAUAAGCGAGAGGAAUCUCUAAAGACGGGUAACGCUGGAGCUCGUUCAGCUUGCGGAGUAAUUGCUCGUGCCGCUCCCGCCGACCAGUUUGCGGGCAAUGCGAUGUCUUCGAAGCGUGGACCCGGAUCAAGGGCUCCUCAGCGGGAUUCCUCACAUUCGCCUCGAACUAGCUCUUCGGCAGUGACAGGCUCCGGAAGCACGCAAACGACUCCAGGCCCGGUGGAUUCAACUUUAUCUGCUUCAAGCGAGACUUUAGUGGCUUCUUCUUUGGAGCGAACACAAAAUGCGGCUACUUUGUUACACGAACGUUUACCAUCACAAGCAAUUCGCGUUUCUUCAAGAGAAAGGCCUAUCACUUCUGGCCAAAGUCCCAGAUCACAACCUUCGGCUAUUAACAUUAUGAGCUUUACGAGAAUUUUUUCGGGGCGAAAUGAAGCAAAAAAGGAGCCUUUGGUGACCACGGAUGGGUCUAUUGCUCAAACAGCAUGGAAGUCCAUUGGCAAAGGAAGUUCGAGAAAAGAAAGAGAGCGCACUUUAUUGUUGCUGCAAGAAGGUUCCAUCGGCAUGACGUCCAAUAAUCUUCAAACUUCGACACGUGGAACUCUUGGGCCAAUGCUAUCAGCCAGAAAAGAUAAACAUGCGAUGAUGAAGAACAAAACUCUACAAGUCUCUACACUCGAAGGGAUUUUUCAUGAUACUGUUGAUAUGCUUGACGAUGUUGAAACCCGCGAAUCUACGCUCAAAGCUUACAUCGAGAUAACGAAAACGCAGUCCGAACAGAUCGGUUUGGGGCUUAGACAUACGAUUUUUGAGACGAUUCGUCGAUUGGGUUGCAGUAUUUUGACAGUUGAGUGGUUGGUGGCGCUAUCGGAUAACGGGAAAAAUCUAAAUGCUUUUGAAAAGGACAUGGAUUAUCUCAUUGCGGAUUGGGUCCACCUCACGCUACUAGAUGGCCAACGCCAGGAAGCAGCCCAAAUUCUAAACAUCACGCGCAAUAUGAUAGUUCACAACUCGUCUUAUAUUGCUGAAGAUUCUUUGAAAACCAUUCUGCAUACAUGUGCUCGUCGCUCAAUUAGCCAUUUCGACUCCAUCACAGCACUUUGUGUUAAUGUCAUGGGAGAUGCAGUGAAAUUCAGUGAAAUUCCAAUCUCGGAACUCUAUCCUGUUAUCAUGGCUGUUUGUUAUGUGAUGGCUUCCGAGGGAAAUGAAAGGUUGGAUGCUGAAGCUUGGUCAGUUGCUAGAGGGCUUUUGACAAGUAAUCUCGGUCACCGAACAAGAAAAUGCCUGCACGAGGUUCUCCAACAGAAUCCUCUUUUGGAUCGAACGAAGGCCAGUUAUGACCCGAAGACUUUAUUGAGAGUGAUUCGUGGCGCGGUUUUGUGUCUGGCACAAGCAUAUUGGGGAAAUCAGAAAAUCGAAAACGUACGUUCUCCAGCGGCAAUACUUCCAUCUAUGCAAGUUGCAAUACGAGCCGAUGCAGCCAUUUGCCGAGAUGUUCUUAACUCGUUACGACGUCUUUUUGAAAAAUACGGACGAGAUCUGCAAGAAAUGUCGUGGAGAGCCGUGAUCCAAUUGUUAGAAGAAGCGGAUUGGCUAUCCAAACGAUCAACAGUCUAUGAUCAACAGUGUAGACGGUUGAUUCACUCGGUCGUCGACUGUAUUGAGCAAUACUAUCGGGAUGGACAACUUUCCUGCCCCGAACGAUACUUAUUCGACUUGAUUGAACGAUUUGGGGACAAGCACUCGGAUGAUUCCGCCAUGAAACUCAUCGAGUAUCGCGUUUCGAUAAUUGAGAUUUAUUCGGACAGAUGGGCAUAUGAGUUGAAGGAUUGUGUAGAAAAGUGUCUCACCUACGAUCCCAAUCUUUCACCUGAGUCAAAUCAUGCACGACGAGAAAAGGCACUAACAGUCUUACACGAGUUUUUCAACGCUUAUCGGCUGCUCGUGGAGAAUGAACUGGUCAGCAAAGUGAUUCUUCCAGUUUUUACGAACGCGCACAAAGAGCUCGACAACAAAAUACAGUAUCAUAUGCUCAUCAUCCUUUUUGAUGUGGCAAAGAACAUCUCAUUUCGUGCCGAUACAUUCGAGUUAACGUUUCGUUUGAUACGAAGGUUGUUCAAUGAAGGGUUGCUUGGUGUUGAGCAGGGUCGAGAACGAAGGCAUUCGCGUGUCAGUGCGCCCAUCGUUUCGCUUCCUAGCGAGACUGUGAAAGAGGGAACGAUUGCUCCUUCUGCAUCAGCUUCGGCAGUCCUUGGAGCUGUUAUCCCACCAUCUAACGACAACCUUGAAAUCAUGGCUCAACAGCUUGGCGAGUUGAUGAACGAACGAUGGCAACAAUUAUCCGCGCCCGUUCUCAAGGAAUUUAUCGAUACUUUUGUGGAGCAUGCAAAUCGGCAAUAUGACUUGAAUCUAACUGGUGAAGAUGGAGGUGAUGUUCGCGUUAGAGUCUUCGAUGCACUGCUCUCAAUUCAAUCUUGCCCGGUCACAAAUCGAAUACGCCGCUUUGCCGUUUAUGAUGACGAGCCGGUGAUAAAUCCAUAUGUCUUCAGGAAAGGGUUACAGAAGCGUCCCAAGGGUUCUGGUGAAAUAGGAUUUACGGAGAUAGCUCAAGUCGUUACUAGAGCUUUGCGUCUGGAUACUUGGUGGCCAGUUUUGCGAAUCCUUCUGCAAUAUUUACAGAAGAUUUUUGAGGCAACCGCUUAUGUGAAAACGAUCUCCAAGGAGACAUUGAACGACUUGAUCGAAUCAAUUACGCCGUUGUUCGAGAAAAUCACAAGCGAGAAACAAGUUUCCGAUAAAGACGUUUGCAAAUAUCUACCACCAGUUCUCGCCAUCGUUCUCAACUAUGGUCUUACCCCCAGUCAACAACGAGAAGUUUGCCGCGUAUUGAUUGAAUGUGUGAAACUGUAUCCGGAUAGCAAUGAGGCUCUAGUGGCAUGUGACCUUGCCAUACAGAUGGUUCCAAAUUCGAUGGCAGUCUUUUCUCAUCAGCUUCUGCUUCUGUUACGAGAAAAACAACCCGCUAUGCAAAGUGCCUUGUCUGUGUUAGAAUUGCUGAGUGACGCCAGCGGGAUCGAAGCAUUUUAUAAUUUGUUUCAGGAGGAACAAUUCCGCUCUCUUGCCGAUAUCCUGCUUGCGUACAUGAAUCUGAAGAAAGACAACAUUUAUGUGGUCUCGUGUGUACACCGAAUCUUGAUGCGAUGGUUUUCUAGGGUGCCAAAAGAGUUGCGAAACGAAAUUGCAAGGUAUUACGAAAGGAGAUUGCAAGAGGUGCUCGCAACUGCAGCAAUUCAAACGCCGCAACAAUCAUGCACUCCACGACAAGGAAACAUUGAGGGGAAGCAAACACCAGCUUCAAUAUUUUCGACAACUUCGGAUACGCCACCUGCGAUCGGCUCAUUAAAUACUCGGACGGCUGAUGACAAGCAGAUGCAACAAAAUAUUCUCGAUGAAGUUCAGAUCGCUUUACAGCAGUUCUACCGUUUGGGUCGCAUUGAGCCAACGGCAAUGGGAAAUCCAGCCGAUAUCGAUGGCUUUGAGGAACUAGAGUCCGAUCAUUAUGCAGUUGGCCAUAGUAUUUUGACGCUUCGAGUGUUGGCGGAAAAAGGAAAGCUCAGAACGAUGGAAGACGACGAUGUUUUCUCAGAGAAGAAUGGACUUGUAUCUCAGACUGGAUUUCACACACUGAAUGACGAAAGGAGGAGAUAUGCAUCAGCCGUACAACCACCUACUAGGCGAGCAACGAUGGGAAAAGAAGAACCACCAAAGGCAUUGGACGAUUUGUCGCUAACAAAACAGAGAACAACGAGCAUAGCUUCUACUUCGUCCGUUCCGAUCGUUACCGUGAUACAGAUGAUCAAUCGACAUAUGUAUGGGCGCGUGAGCUUCUUAUGGCGAAGACUCGAGGAAAUUCCGGAAGACUUUUUAAACUAUAAAGCAUCGGCAUCAACUUUUGCACCACUCGCUUUGCACGUGUCAGCUUUGCCCGGUUCAGUCAGGAUUGGGACCAAAAAGAGUGCUGACAUGGUAGCUACUCGGCUGAGAAAUUUGGACCGUCUCGCAGGAAUCGAAAUGCACGCAGUUGGAGUCGUUUACAUGGGAUACGGGCAGGAGACUACCCCACAAAUUCUUUGCAACCAGUACGGAAGUCCAAGAUAUGAAGCAUUUGUCAAAACACUGGGCACCGCUCAAUCAACCGAUGACGAGCCUGCUGGACUCCAAGCUGAGAAAAAUGGGGAAUAUACCUACGUGUUCAAUGAUGAAACUAGCAGCAUUGUCUUUCUCGUUGCAACAUUGAUGCCAAGGCUAAACAGUGACCCACGAUGUAACAAUAAGAAAAUGCUCAUCGGGAACAACGUCGUGUGUAUUGUGUGGAACCAGAGUGGAAAGGGCUAUAAAGUUGGAAGCUUUUGCGGGGAUUUUAUUCAUGUUAUGAUAGAGGUUGUGCCAAUAGACGAGCAAAGCGUUCUCAUCGAAGUACAUGCAAAGCCGGAAAUUUCUCAGUUGUUGGCUAUGCGUCGGGCCCUUGUUCUUCAAUCGGCAGCACCAGCUAUUAUACGUAAACUGUGUGUACGAGCAAAGCUGGCGGUACAAGUCUGGCGUACUGUAUCGGAUCCAAAGGAAAUUCCAUACAUAUCUUCUGCCAUUGAACGCCUUCGAAAAAUUCAAGCCUUGAAAGAAAUAGCAAUGGCUGAAUCCGGGCAGGCAAACACCCAAACAACUUCAGCCCAAAAAACGGACAGAAAUGUUGAAAUUAAGGCCCGAGUUAGCAACAGCAAAAGAUUGCUAGAAUUGGCUUCGCAGUUGAGCGGAGGACAGCCAAAACUCCUUGAGCAACAUGAUGUGUUCUUCUGUUCGCCGAACGGUCGCUUGAAAAUGAGACGUGUUGUCGAAGAUGGAAGUCCGCGAACCGAGUUGAUUUGGUACCAUCGACCUGAUGUGGCUGGACCGAAACUCAGCGACUUUAAAAAACUUGACAUUCCGGAAGCAAUGGCAGAGGAUAUGAAGGAACUACUCUCGUUGACGGCCGGUGUAAAAGGUGAAGUGGCUAAGCAAAGACAUUUGUUUCUGGUCGGUCAAACGCGAGUACACGUCGACGACGUGAAAGACUUGGGGCAUUUUAUGGAAUUAGAGGUAUGCCUUCGUGAAGAACAAACAUUGGAAGAAGGACAAAAGAUCGCCGACGAAUUACGCGAAGCGUUAGAGAUUCCCGAAAGUGAUAUGUUGACCGGUGCGUAUAUGGAUAUGUUGCAGAAAAAG